AUGCCAAAUAAAGGUGGUGUCGAAAAAAAACCUGUUCAACCAGUUAUCAAUGGAUCAGUGGCAGCUCAAAGGCGUAUUAGUCAGUUACCACGUAAUUCAAUAAUGGGAAAUUUUCGAGAUGAUGAACAAGAUUUUGGUAAUAUGCCUGAUUUGUCCGAUGAGGCACUUCGACCUGUUCGUCCUGAUGAUCAACUUAAACUGACUGAAGCGGAAUUAAAUGAAGAACAUACUCGAAUUCUUACAGCACGCAAUCCUCAAGCAGCAGAAAAUAUUGUUCGAUAUAGUUACAAAGAUCGAUUAUUUAAACCAAUUCCACAUGUUGACCAAUUAGCUGUUCAUUUUCAACUUGAUGGCAAUCUUAUUCUUCGAGAUUCCGAUGAAGGUCGACGACAAGUUGCACGCGAUGGCGGAGAAUAUACAAUCGAAGAAGAAGAUGAAGCAUCGACACCUGAGGCUGAAUCAACCGAAGAAAAAACAACGCAGGAUGGUGAAGAUGAAGAUGAUGAAAAACCAGUUGAAUCGAGUGCAACAAAUGGUAAAACAAAAAAAUUAACAAAUCAAUUUAAUUUUAGCGAACGUGCAUCUCAAACAUAUAAUAACCCAUGCCGAGAUCGAGAAACAUUUGUUGAACAAACUCCACGUGCUGUUUUCUCUGAUAAUGUUUCUCAAUGGGCAAUAUUUGAUGCUUAUAAUGAAGAUUUUGAUUUACAACAAAAAGCAAAAGAAAAAGAAAAUAAGAAGAGUUCAACAAAAAAAGAUGAUGACAGAAAGAAAAAAUUUGUUGCUACCGAUUUAUCAGGUGAUGAUAUGGCUAAAUUUGCUCGUUCCAAAUCAGCAAGUAUAUCACUUAAAAUUAUUGAACGAAUGAUUAAUCAAAAUACAUUUGAUGAUAUCGCUCAAGAUUUUAAAUAUUGGGAAGAUGCAGCUGAUGAAUAUCGCGAACAAGAAGGAAGUCUUUUACCAUUAUGGAUAUUUCAAUAUGAUUUAACAAAAAAAUUGGCUUGUACAAAUUUAGCUUGGAAUUCACAAUAUUCAGAUUUAUUUGCUGUUGCUUUUGGUUCAUAUGAUUUUCUUAAACAAACUCGUGGAAUGUUUUUAGUUUAUUCAUUAAAAAAUCCAAGUUUUCCGGAAUAUAUUUUUCAAACGGAAAGCGGUGUUAUGUGUUUAGAUUUCCAUCAUCAUCAUCCGAAUUUACUUUGUUGUGGUUUUUAUGAUGGGUCAGUUGCUGUUUAUAAUGUUGCAGAUGAACAGAAACGACCUAAAUAUCAAAGUACAGCUCGUAAUGGAAAACAUACAGAUCCUGUUUGGCAAGUACGAUGGCAAAAAGAUGAUUUAGAUGGAAAUCUUAAUUUUUAUUCAAUUUCAUCCGAUGGUCGUGUUGUCUGUUGGACUUUAGUUAAAAGUGAUUUAAUGUACGCUGAUAUUGUACAAUUAAAAUUAGAGAAACCAGCAACUGAACCUAAUGAAACACUUCCAUUAGCUACACUUGGUUGUGGAACAUGUUUUGAUUUUAAUAAACAACAAGAUUAUUUAUUUAUUGUUGGUACCGAAGAAGGAAAAAUUCAUAAAUGUUCAAAAUCAUAUAAUAAUCAAUUUUUGGAUACAUUCGAUGCACAUCAUAUGGCUAUCUAUGCAGUACGUUGGAAUACAUUUCACCCAAAAAUUUUUCUUAGUUGUUCAGCUGAUUGGACCGUCAAAGUAUGGGACAUCAAUUAUAAAGUACCAUUAUUUACUUAUGAUCUUGGUAGUGCUGUUGGUGAUAUUGCAUGGGCACCUUAUUCAUCAACAGUAUUUGCUGCGUGUACAGCUGAUGGAAAAGUUUUUGUAUUUGAUUUAAAUGUUAAUAAAUAUGAACCACUUACUGAACAAAUAGUUGUACAAAAAAAACGUACAAAAUUAACACAUAUUACAUUUAAUCGUAAUCAUCCGAUUAUACUUGCAGGUGAUGAUCGUGGUAAUGUUAUAUCAUUAAAACUUUCGCCUAAUUUACGUAAAAAACCAAAAGUUAAAAAAGGUCAAGAUGUUGCUGAAGGAACAGAAGGUGAAAGUGUUAAAUUAGAUAAAAUUCUUGCAUUAAUUCGUGAUCCGGAUGAUGUAAAAAGUAAAGGUGUACCAACACAACAAACAAGUACAACACCAAUUCCUACUACAAGUUAA